CCUUGUCGGCCCCAGUUCUCGGGCUCUUGAGUCCUGAGCCCUGAAUUCUGCACUUGCCUUGUUGCCGUACCAUACCACCACAGUACACAGUAAUCCAAGACCCCGUCCUUGGCUGGGCCUGGUCAAACUGGAAAUACCCCCCUCCACCCAGACACAGAAAGACGCAACCGACAGUCGGACAACUAUCUUCUCUCUCUCUCCCUCUCGACACAUCUCUGCUCCAUAAUCAGGUUGGCUGUCGCUGUUGGGCCUCCAUUUGCAUCGCAAUUAUCAGCUGAGCCAUGCAGAGCUUAGUUGUCCCUGUUGUCCCCGUCGACCCUGAUAGCAACUUUUUGGCGCUCACUUCAUGCUCCCCGGCCUAAGCCACCGUCUGCCCGAUUCCCCGUCGACUGAGCAGAGCCGACGUUGCAUCAAAUAGCCAGCCCUGUACUCCAUAUCCCGACUCGACUCGACUCGACAGACACGACACGACCUCUCCCUUGCCCUUGCCCCAGCAAGCACCACCCAGCAGCACCAGCAUUCGCAUUGCGAGCUUUGGCCGAAAUCGACGCGUGGUCUCCUGGUCUCCUGCUCGUCCACCUCGCGUCUGAGGUCAUCGGCUGCCUCCUGCCUUGCUUUUCUGUUCUCUCUAUCUCUAUCUCUCUCAGACCAGGCCAGCCUGACCUGACCUGACGUACUUCCCCACGGGCACGGCUAGCAUUGAUCGUCUGAGCUUGUUUCCCCCCCUCCCCUAUUUUCCGUACCCUCGCAACGGGCUCAUUGCUUGCCCGGGAAAGCCUAAUCCACCGCCCACAAUCCGUCAUCCACCAUAUACACUAGGCACAGCCGCCUGUUGAUUCCACCUCGGCCGAACCUCCCGCCCUCACCGUCCAACAGGUGUCCGCCUCCACAGAGGCUCUGCUUGCGUCCCCCUGCCCCAUGAUGCAUGAGCAAGGGAACUCUAACGGCGACCCGGCCGCACAGCACAUGUCCAAUUCACAGGAUCCACAACCACCAAUGCUCUCCUCCCAGUCUCCAAAUCCCGUCCCCAUGAUGAACGCCCCAGCUCCUCUCCUCCGCCCCGCCAUACCAGGUGCAAGAGGUGGCGGCGCCCGCACGCCUCGCCUGGGACUCGCCAUACCCCCGUCUCCGAAUGUCAAGCCCGUCGGCGCCGGGCCCGGUCUCGGCCAGCCCUCCCGCCCGCCCCUGCCCAAGCUCAACCUUGCCACUCCAAUGGGCACAUCUGUCGCCCCUCAAGAACACCAACCUUCGCGUGGCUCUCAACCAGGCCACAGUGCCAGUGGCGGCAGCGAGAGCAGCGCUGCCCACAGCCGCACGGGCAGCUUCGGGCCGCUGGACGGCAGGGGCAGCAACCCCACCUCGGCCGGCUCGCAGUAUUCCGCCCUCUCCUUCGCCUCGCAAUAUGGCCUGGGCGGCGCAAAACCACAUGGCACUCCCGACCCCGUGAGCGCCGUGGGCUCUCUCUACUCAAACGCCAGCGAGGGUGGCGCCGGCAUGGAGCGCGAGGGCAGCAUGCACGGCUUAGAAGCCUCCUUCGAUAAAAUGAGCUUGGAGAAGGCGAGGACGCUGGACGCCGAGGACCUGGACGACGAGGGCUGGCGCAUCGUGAGCAUGGAGAACCGCAUCGUCGAGCUUGGUGGCCUCGGUGAGGGCGCCGGAGGUGCCGUCACGAGGUGCAAGCUCAAGGGAGGCAAGACCGUCUUUGCCCUCAAGGUCAUCACGACGAACCCAGAUCCUGAUGUGAAGAAGCAAAUCCUGCGGGAGAUCAAUUUCAACAAGGGCUGCGCGUCUGAGCACAUCUGCAGGUACUACGGCGGUUUCCUCGAGCCUUCUACUGCCACCAUCUCCAUUGCCAUGGAGUUCUGCGAGGGUGGAUCACUCGACAGCAUUUACAAGGAGGUCAAGCGUCUCGGCGGCCGGACAGGCGAGAAAGUCCUGGGCAAGAUCGCCGAGGGUGUUUUGCAAGGCCUGACCUACCUCGAGGCUAAGCGUAUCCUUCACCGAGACAUUAAGCCAUCUAACAUCCUCCUUUGCCGCAACGGUGAGGUAAAGCUGUGCGACUUCGGCGUGUCUGGGGAUUUUGGUACCAAGGGCGAGGCGAACACAUUCAUUGGCACAAGCUACUACAUGGCGCCGGAGCGGAUCACGGGUCAAACAUAUACUAUUACUUCGGACGUGUGGUCAACAGGCGUGACACUGCUCGAGGUUGCCCAACACCGCUUCCCAUUCCCGGCCGACGGCACAGAGAUGCAGCCUAGGGCCGGCUUGAUCGACCUGUUGACGUACAUCGUACAGCAGCCGAUCCCCAAGCUGAAGGACGAACCCGAAGCGGGCAUCUUUUGGAGUGACAAUUUCAAGCAUUUCAUUGAGAGCUGCCUAGAAAAGAACCCCAAGCGUCGCGGCAUGCCGUGGAAGAUGCUGGAGCACCCAUGGAUGACGGAGCUCAAGACGAAGCGCGUCAACAUGGGCAAAUACCUGUCCCAAGUAUGGGGCUGGGACGACAAGGGGUCAAAGUGAUGGAAAUCGCACCAGGAACAGAAGACCAUAUUGCAUACAGAAUCAGAGCAUCACAUUCUCAGCCGCAGCGAUGAGGAAAACUUUACCGAGAACUUUUAUCAACACAACGCCAUAUAGCACCGCAACGGCCGAUCGCACACUUCGAAUCGAUCAUACCAGGACGGUUAGCAUUGGAGCAUGUCGAAACCGCAUAGCGCGAGCGUCUAGCCCACAAGGCCAUACAUACAUAUCACACACUCACCGUCCACAGACACACAAAUCCACAUCUUGGUCAGGUCGGGAAUCACCAACAUGGAUCACAUUAAUCGCUGGGACAUUUGGGGUGAAAGGGGGUUGCCGCGAGGCAGAAGAUUGGUACAGUCUCGCACAACAAGCGAAGGAUACUGGAAGUGAGGCUCAGUCUUGGGUAGCCUUAGAGGCUUGAACAAAUCUUGAAAAUUCACGGAAGGCUAGGAGGGCCCACAGCACAGGGUUACGGAGUCACUAGUGGAAAUGGAAAGGGAUGUUCUCAAA